AUGUCAGAAUCACCUCCAAACUCCCACUCCAAGCCCAUCAGGAUCCUCAUUAUUGGAGCAGGUAUCUCAGGCCUCGCAACUGCUCUCGCACUCUAUCACAAGAACCAAAAGCAUCCCAACUUAGCCAGCUUUCGCAUCACAAUCCUAGAAUCGACACCUGUUCUCCAAGAGAUCGGAGCGGGUAUCCAGAUUCUCCCAAAUAGUUCGAGAUACUUGGUAGAAUGGGGAUUGGAAGGAAUGAGUUGGGAGGUAUGGAGGAGGUGUUUAAGUACCCGUAAGUAAACCUUUUUUCUAGAUUUAACAAAGGGAGAUAUUCGCAGGGGGGGAAUACUGAAUGAGGAAAGUGUUAUGCAUGUUAAGCUAGGAGAUAGACAUUGGUUCAUCCAUCGAGCUAAUUACCAACAAAUCCUCUACCACGCCGUCCUCGAAGCUGGCAUUGAGAUCCUUCUCAACCACCGUGUCAGAAAUAUCAGUUCCACAAAUGGUAAACCUACUGUCCAUUUUCAAGACGGCAGAAGUAUGGAUGCAGACCUCGUCAUCGGAGCUGAUGGAAUCCAUUCCGAAACCCGAAAUUUCGUCCUGGGGCAGGAAAUCAAACCACUGGAGUCCACUUGUUGCGCCUACCGUGUCACAAUCCCAGCUUCAAAAAUGGAGUUCCAUCCAUUGACAGCGAAGCUGCUGAGCGAGAAGUUUGCGAAUCUAUGGAUGAAUCGUGAUGAGGAGGGGAAUGUAGUUGGGUACCCGAUUCGGCGUGGGAUGAUGUACAAUCUAGUUCUGGUGCGACCUGGAAAUUGAAUCGUGGGAAAGUGGAACGAGGAAGGUGAUAUAGCGGAGUUGAGAGAGUGUUAUGAGGAAUGGGAUCCGACGAUUGGCGCUUUACUCGGGCUUGUUGAGAGGGUCGUGAAGUGGAAGUUGGGGUACCUUCCGCCUUUGGAGAGAUGGGCGGGACGGGAUGGUAAUGCUGUUGUUAUUGGAGAUGCGGCGCAUGGUAUGUUGCCUCAUUUAGCGCAGGGGGCGGCUGUAGGUUUGGAGGAUGGCGUCGCUCUGGCGGAGUUUCUGGAGGGGGUGAAUGGCGUUGAAGAUAUUCCGGAGAAGUUGGUUGCGUUUGAGGGGGUGAGGAAGGAGAGAUGCGAGAUCAUUUCCAAGGUUGCAAGUUUGAUUCCUAGAAGGGGGGAGAUUAGGGAGAAAAAUGGGAUAAAGCAGUUGGUGAAGAACUUUCUGAGGGAUUCUGAGUUUCAGACUUGGUUGUAUAAUUAUGAUACUGUAAUGGAGGCAAGUUUAGUAAUUUUCUCUUGAGAACUAAGGAAACUGAGCUAACGUGGUUAUUGUAGACCAAGAAGUACUUGGACGUGUUGUCUUCCGAGAAAGAGAAGGGGAAAAUAAAUGAAGAGAAUUAG